CUUCACGAGGAGCAAGACGGAAGCGGUAGGUACAAACUCAAAACAGUGCCAUGGUAGGAGUCUUCGGGAAGAGUAAACCUGUGAAAAUUAGGAGUUGCAGUGAAAACAGAAAAUAUGGAGUUGCAGCAAGAGAUGUGAAGGAGUUGCUUAAAAAAGGAUGCCAGUUAUUACAGUUGCCACCUUCUGGCGCACAUGUUUGUUUGUACACUGAUGGGGCAAAAGUGACGGAGAAAUUCUUCCAGACUCUGCCAGACAACACUGAACUUGUUCUUCUCUCCAGAGAUCAGACAUGGAGUGGAGGAGUUGCCUAUGACAUCAGUCAGUUACUGAGCGCAGCCUUGCACAGCGAUGGCCUCAUUGAAGCGGCAAAAGGCCUCCUGUCUGAGGAGCAGACUCCUAAGUGGCGUAAAGUCCUGACUGACCUGCUGCAGAACCUGGAGGACAGAUCUGAGCUGGAGAACAGAGACGAGGAUGAAGACUGGUUCAAAGGUGUUGAUGCGCGAUUCAAGACAAAGUCUGCCUACAUGAAGUUCAGCUGUGAAAGCAGGAUACGAGGCUACGUCAAAGAGGUGGUUGAUGCCACUAAAACCAUACAGAAGGCUAAAGUGAGGGCAGAGUUUCUGAAAGCAACAAAUUGCCUGGUGGAAAUGCUGAAGAUGGCAAAGUACAACGGCUGCUACUUUGACAGGACUGAAAAGGAGCCGGAACGCCUCUGUACUCGGGAAGGAUGGUUUACCUGCCAGGGAUCAUUUGACCAGGAUGUGUGCCAGUCCCUACACUCCAUCAACCCCUACAGCAACCAAGAGAGCAGGAUCGUCUUCAGCACAUGGAAUCUAGACCACAGGAUUGAAAAGAAAAGGGCGGUCAUCCCCGCUCUGCUGGAAGCUCUACAGAAUCACAAGAGUGCUGAUGUCAACCUGAACUACUUCUAUCGCCUGCUGUUCACCAGGGAGAACCUGAAGCUGGUGCACAUCGUGUGCCACAAGAAAGGAGCUCACAACCUGCUGUGUGAAACCAAGGAGAUUUAUCGACAAGCCCGUAACGCAGACAACGGGAGGCGCAAGGCCGCAGGGAAGAAGAGGCGCUUGCAGUGAAUAUUCAUACUUUUAUGUAAAAUUUGUUUUCUUUCAUUUGUAUGCGCUGUGACAUAAUUUAUUACACUGAUCUAUUCUGUGAAUAAUUAGCUCAGGUCCACUGUAGCAAGAUCAGGUCAACAGGCUGGCUUUUUACCUCAUUUUUUAAUCUAGUAAGGAUACUGGUUUUGCUGACAGUCCUUUUUCAGACACAAGUAAUGUAACAAGUAAUGACACUGAUGCAAACCUUGAAAAUCAUGAAAAAAAACAUUUAUUUGUUCUUUGUGUUGGCACAAUGAUGUAAAGCACAUAAACUGGUUACAAUGA